AUGUCCGAUUCCCACAGCACGGAGUCUUGCAACCCUAACCGGGAGGAAGUUGGUGUCAAUGCUGCAACGUCUUCCCAUGCAAGAAGACCAAAAGAAACGGUCUCCAGAAUCUCCUCAGCUAUCGCUCUGGACAACCCUUCCAAGGAAGGAUCGAGGUAUGUGCACAAUGCCAUUGCUUCUAUUGUCACUAAGAUUUUGUCCGGUGAUCAGAAUGUUCCUGGGGUUUCCGUUCCCUUGAACACUAUCAUACCCGAUGAUGUUGCAUGUCGAGAAACCGCAGUUGUGUUAAGAGAGAAGGUGUCUGGACUACCUGAAGAGGGUCCUAAGAAUGAUAAACCUGUAAACAAGGUGAGAGGUGAGAAGGAAGUUGCAAUGAGUCGACGAAGAACUUCUACAGACCCACAAAAUACCCAGCCAAUUGCUGAGAUGAUAGACGCCAUUGAAGCAAUUCACGCAAUGGCUACUGCUAUUGCAAAACAAUCUGCCACUACUAUUCAACAAGCGGAAACUUCUGCCGAACAAGCUGCAAUCCGAGCUCAACGUGAGGCGCUAAGGGAUCAGAGAGAAGAAGUUGUUGCUGCUGCGAGAGAACUGACAUAUUUUAAUCGUCAAAACCCACCAAAGUUUAAAGGGGAACAUGACCCAGAUAAGGCUGAUCUUUGGAUACAAGAAAUUGAGAAUUUUUUUGAAAUGUUGCACUGCACAGAUGCUAAGAAGGUGGAAUAUGCAACCUUUUUGCUUAGGGCAGAGGCUGAAUCCUGGUGGCGGGGUGCGAAGCAGCUAAUGGAGAGUAACAAUGAAGCACUGAAUUGGGAAACAUUUAAACAUAAAUUUUUGGACAAGUAUUUCCCAUCAAGUGCUAGAUAUGAGAAAGAAGCUCAAUUCCUUAGACUGUACCAAGGUAAUAUGACUAUCUCUGAGUAUGCUGACAAAUUUGACUCACUAGCCAAAUAUUUCCGCUAUUUUCGGGACCAUGUGGAUGAGAACUAUAAGUGUGAGAGGUUUGAGCAAGGACUCAGAUAUGAGAUUAAGGAAUCUGUGGAGCCCUUGGAGAUCCGUCAGUUCCAAGUGCUAGUGGAGAAAUGUAAGAAGGUGGAACAGAUGAAGCAAGGACGUCCGAAUAGAUGGGUUGCUGGAGGACCGUCUAGACACCAGGGACAUCAAGACCGCAAUAAUAGGGGCAAGCAACAACAAGCAUACAUCCGACCUCAACGGGGUGGAAGAGACCAACCUCAAACACAGUUCAAGGGAGGUCAGAGGCCACAAAAUUCAAGUAGUAUUCGCUACUACAACUGCAAUAAGGAGGGACAUGUGAGUACUCAGUGCCCAGAAAGAGCAAGAGUCUAUUAUCUUUGCCAGCGAUCGGGACAUUUUGCUAGGGAUUGUCGAGCACCAAGGAGAGAUCAUGUUCCAUCUACCAACAACAACAAUGAUUCUAUCUGGCCUACUACUAAGGGACGUGCCUAUCACAUUGGGGGAGAGGAAGCUUCGAAUGCCUCAGGAUUAAUCCAGGGUGAGUGUGAAAUUACAGAGAAACUAUUCCCAAUAUUAUUUGAUUCUGGUGCUACUCAUUCUUUCAUCUCUGUGGAGUGUGCAAAUUAUGUACAACUACUUGUUACUUCACUGCCUUUUGAUUUGGUGGUCACAAUACCAUCUUCUGAACCUGUAAUACUUAAUGAAGCUUGCUUACAAUGCCCCUUAACUAUCUUGGGCAUGAAAUUCAAAGUCGACCUGAUUUGUAUUCCCCUGAAACAUAUGGGAGUGAUCCUUGGGAUGGACUGGUUAUCUAGUCAUCAUGUUCUUUUGGAUUGUGCUCGAAAGUCUGUAAUCUUUCCAGACCCCGAUGUUUCUCGAUUUCUAAAUAGAAAUCGAAUGAAAAUAUCUUUGAAGGGAGGCAUCCAGAAGUAUGUGUUCUUAAAUUCUGUCAGCAUGAAGCCAGAAGUAACGAUUAAUGAGAUACGAGUGGUAAGAGAGUUUCCAGAAGUAUUUCCAUUAGACGUGUCGGGGUUACCUCCAGUACGUGAGGUUGAAUUUGCUAUCGAUGUGAUCUCAGGAACUACACCUAUUCAUAUUGCUCCAUACCGAAUGGCUCCAUCUGAGAUGUUAGAACUAAAAAGACAACUUGAAGACCUGCUAUCAAAGAAUUUUAUCCGACCAAGUGUCUCACCAUGGGGAGCUCCUGUAUUAUUGGUGAAGAAGAAGGAUAGGAAGUCGAGAUUGUGUGUUGACUAUCGACAACUUAAUAAUGUCACUAUCAAGAAUAGAUAUCCUUUACCAUGCAUUGAUGACUUGAUGGACUAA